AUGUCGACGAUUCCUCGUGCCUAUAUAUUGAGUGCCCACGCAGAUGGUAUUGCCAACAUGGUGUUCACUGGUGGUAGUGGUGGCGAAGGAUGCAUGCUAAUCGACUGCAAGUACUACACGGCUUCAGUACGCCUAGAGCUAAUCACAAACGCAGAUUCAAAACCUCCACUCAAAGAAGCCGAAGCAUUUAUUAUUUGCUUCGACGCAGGCGAGCCAAAAAGCUGGGAUGCUGUGUGUGAUUGGCUGAAGCUAGUAAAAGACGGAGGUGACAUCCCAGUGCAACUGCUCGUGUGCGACCGGCUACCAGAGGACGAUUUCCGCACGCGUAUUGUGUCCGAGGCCACGAGGAAUCACUGCGAGGUCGUUCAAAUUUCCCCCCUUCCCGACGACAUCGAAGAAGGCGACGAAUACGGAACAGCCAGGUUGAAGUCUGCUCUCGCAGCGCACCACUGGCCCGGCCUCAAACUCAAAUCUUCAAACAAGGUUGUCGACAAGCCUGAAAACCUGAUUAAACCUACGACUCCAACUAAGCCAAAAUCAUCCAAUUCUAUCAAUCGUGGAGAGAACAAAGACGCUGAUGCCUUCGGUGAACUUUUUCCUAAGCUUCUAGAAAUGCGAUCAAAAGCCACCAGCAUGCACCAUGACGAGCGUCGAAAAGUAGCCGAGCAGAACCACGAUGUGUGUAUACUCUCAUUCCUGCUUCCCGACUCACUCCAGUUUUCCGAAGUGUUGAAGCGUGAAUUUGGCGCUCUCAGCAAAAGUGGGGGAACCACUAUAAGUAACUAUCGACCUAGCAGAUGGGCUCUAACACCAGCAGCAGCAUCGGCAAGGAAAGACCAGUGGGCGGGAGUGUCUGUGCAAGCGGUGUCAGUUGGUUCGCUUUCUUCGGAGGCGGAGCGUGUUUGGUCGGUUCGGCAGGGACAGAUGUUCGAAAGUUCCGCCAUACGUUGCGCGUCUUGGUUUUUGUCAAUGCGCCUCGCGAACUGCCGGAGUGCAUGCAAGCUCAAAGCAGUCAUUUGUCCAGGCACACAGACACACAUGGCGAGCGCUAGUGGGCAGAUGUCCGAUUACUUCUCUUCAUGCGUGGUUACCAAAGUAGGCAUCGCACGUCCGCACAUCGAAUUUGGGACGUGGGGCUUGCUGUGCAGGUCCAAAUUUUGCACCUCCGCCAGAGAGAAACGAGCCUUGACUGAAGCAUCCGCUGUCCAGCCUGGGCAGUUCUUCCUACUCGGUGUUCGCUCUGACCUGCCAGAUCCACUCACGGCGGUCGAAUUCACGGAACGCUUACCUGUAGAUUAUCCUGUUCACCCUCGGCAGAUGACAAUACAGUUUUGGAAAGCCCUUAACCUCGACGAGGAUGAACUUGCUGGUCUCUCAAGCAGCGAAUCAGACUGA